GGAAAACUUAAUUUGAAUUUGUUGUGGUAAAGUCUCUGGAGAUCGAUUUCGCGAAGAGCAUUGUUAUUUUACGAGCGUUUGAUGAGCAAUGGCGACGACCGGUGUAGGGGAUGAAUGUGACUCGGCGGUGAAGGAAGCUGAGCCGAAGGAAGAGUUGCAGAGGGCGGUGACGAAAGCUGAGUCGAAGGAAAAGUCGCAAAAGAAGGUGACGAUAGUUGAGCCGAAGGAAGAGUUGCAGAGGGCGGUGAAGAAAGCUGAGUCGAAGGAAAAGUCGCAAAAGAAGGUGACGAUAGUUGAGCCGAAGGAAGAGUUGCAGAGUGCGGUGACGAAAUCUGAGCCGAAGGAAGAGUUGCAGAAGGCAGUGACGGAAGCUGAGCCGAAGGAAGAGUCGCAGAGGACGGUGACGAUAGUUGAGUCGAAGGAAGAGUUGCAGAGGUCGGUGAAGGAAGCUGAGUUGAAGGCCGAGUUGCAGAGGGCGGUGAAAGAGAUAAUUAGCUCGAUUGACAUCAAUGUCGAGGCCAUUGAUAGAGCCGAACGAGCGCUGCGCUCGCUGAGGACACUGAUUGAAAAGAAACGUCUAUCGUCAGUCGUGAGUUCUGCACCAGAUGAAUUUCGUUGCUAUCUUUCCAAAAAAAUCAUGAAGCAUCCUGUUCUUAUCGCCAAUGGUCAGACAUAUGAAAGGUCAUUCAUUCAGGAGUGGUUUAAAUCUGAGAAAAAAACAUGCCCCAGAACCCAACAGGAGCUUUCACAUACGGACCUUAUACCUAAUCUUCUGGUUCAAGAAAUGAUAUCUGACUGGUGCAAGAGUAACAGCAUUCAUUUGCAAGACAAGGUAGAACUGCAAGGAAUGACUGAGGCUGACAGAAACAAUCUUCACUCUUUGCUUCAGAGAAUUUCUUCAGGACUGUCUGCUCAAAGAGAUGCUGCUAAAGAAUUGCGCAUGCUGACUAGAAGUAUGCAUCCUUUCCGGGCAUUGUUUGGGGAGUCUGAGAAUUUAAUCCCCCAACUUAUUUCCCCUCUGUGUGAACCCAUAAUACAAGAAGAACUCCAAGAAGACAUAAUCACUACCCUUUUCAAUAUCUCACUCCAUGAUGACAACAAGAAGCUAAUUGCAGAAACC